AAAAGGAUGACACGCAGGAUGUGGGAAUCUGCAUGAUGUAGGGAUGCUGUAUCCAACGUGUGCCAACAAUCCAGAUGCCUGUGGGUACUGCAGACCUGACACUGUCAUUAGGUUUAACGAUGUCAUGCCUUCAGCCUUGGGUUUUGAGACCUCCAGGUGGGGGGUCUAGCUUCACCUUUGGAGCCAGUGAUGACAAAGCACAACCUGCCAGACGGUACAAGAUGGCGUCAAACAUAUUUGGCAUCCCAGACAACGAUCCUAUACCUCCACCCCAAGCUCAGAAAACAGGUGUCCCUGAAAAUACAGACUCUGAGGUGUUAGAUGAUGUGGAGCAGAGGACAUGCCCUGAUGGGGAGUGUGGAGAUGCAGCUGAUGAAAAGGGUGAAGCUGAAACACCUGCAGAAACUCAGGAGUCUGAAAAGGAAGCCCCUCCAGCUGAGCCUGCACCUACUUAUGGCAGAAGAAACCCCCCUGGGGGCAAGUCAAGUCUGGUACUUGGUUGACUGGUUAAUAUGCUGGAUCUUUUCUUGCUGGAUCUUUACUUCAAUAUAUAUGUGACUGUACAUUUCCAUUUUGUCAUAUGAAGCACUUUCUGUCCUGCCAUCUUAUAUUUUUUUUUAUACAAACUUCAGUCUGUUCCAAAAUCUACUGUAAGAGGCAUGAGUUUUUUUUAUGUUGUAUUGUUUUAAUGUUUUUCACAUAAAUAAAGUAUGUUUGAAUGGUUUCUGUAA